GCAGCGCGGCUGUGCGCGGUGGAUGAGAUGAGGCAGAUUAUCCUCCUUUACUGCGGCUCACAGUGAACACGGACACACACACACCGCAGCGGGAGGUUUGGGACACAAAAUGGGAAACGCAGACACCAAACUUCACUUCAGGAAGGCGGUGAUUCAGCUCACCACCAAAACUCAGCCCGUAGAAGCCACAGACGACGCCUUCUGGGAUCAGUUUUGGGUCGACGCCUCCACCACCGUGCAGGAUGUUUUCGCUCUGGUGCCGGCGGCCGAAAUCAGAGCUGUCAGAGAGGAGUCUCCAUCCAACCUGGCGACCCUCUGCUACAAGGCGGUGGAGAAGCUGGUCCAGGGCUCAGACUCCGGCUGCCCCUCAGAGAAAGAGCGUCAGAUCGUCCUGAACUGCACCCGCCUGCUCACCCGCAUCCUGCCCUACAUCUUCGAGGACGCCGACUGGAGAGGCUUCUUCUGGUCCACGGUGCCGGGAGCCGGCAGAGCGGGGGUACGACUCCGACGCUCUGACGCUCUGAUGCUCUGA